AUGCUGAUGCGCAAACAGAUUGUCCACGCCCCUCGACCAUGCACACAGAGUUUCUCGCGGGCGAAGUCAUCCAAGAGCGAGGACGACGAUGGCGGGCACAGUGAGAAGAAUGAUGUGAGACUAAUGGAUCAAUUAAAGGCGGAUAUCAGCAAUGGGGACAUGCCGCUUGAUGCGCGGUUGCAGGACAUGGGCUUCGACCCGGACGAGUUCAAAAAACUAUGGCACAGCCAACAACGUGCGAACGAACGGCUGGCAGAAUGGGAACCCCAGACCCGCGAAGAAGCACAAAAGAAGUGGAAGGAAAUGCAGGACACACCCGACCAUCUCACCCUCCUACACAUGUACAAGCGAGCCGGCGUCGAGCCCAUCAAAGUCGCAAAGGAACGCGGCAUAACGCUCCCCAACGACCCCCCACCACUCGACCCCCAGACCCAAGCCGCGCUCGACAGCCUUCGCACCCCCAUCAACGUUCGCGCCGUGCACCUCCGGCCCCUCCGCCGCAGCCCCGAAUACGGCGUCCCCGUCUGCGACCUUCAGCUCCGUACCUACAGCAUCCGCAACCUGCUCCUCUUCGCCGACUUCGCCGUCCGCGCAGCCUACUAUCUCGGCCUCCCUGCGCGCGGCCCAAUUCCUCUGCCCCGCAUCACAGAGCGCUGGACGGUCCCGCGCUCCAACUUCAUUUUCAAAAAAUCCCAGGAGAACUUUGAGCGCAUCACCAUGCGCCGUCUGAUUCAGAUUCAGGAUGGCCAUCCAGAUGUCGUCAAGGCGUGGUUGGCGUUUUUACUUAAACAUCAGUAUCAUGGCGUUGGCAUGAAGGCGAAUAUUUGGGAGUAUGAGGGCUUGGAGGGCGCGUUGAGGGCGGGAGUCGAGGGCGAUGAGGAUGGAUUUGGGAGCAGGAGGGAGGGCGCGGUAAUGAGGAAGGUCGAAGAGAUUUUGGGCGGAGAUGCGUUUCAGAAGGCGUUGAAGGGCGAGGGCGGGAUGGAGGUUAGGCCGUAG